GGUCCGGCCGGCAAGAUGGCUGCUCUGCGGACGGGCUUCCUCGCUCGGAAUAUAUCCCGAUUUCGCUUCUCCAACGUCUCGAGGGCGAAUGACUUCUAUGCAGCCCUUUUCCACAGCUCGCCGCCGCUCAAUGCUGGACUUUUUGGUUUUGGUGGAGACGAUGAAGGUGGAUCUUUCUUGGACAAUUUCUCUGAAGCACACAGCCAUAUGGCAGGAAUUGAUAAAGCAGAGACUACAAAGAAGAGUAAAGUUCAAGUUGAAACACAAGAAAAGAUAAGUUACCCAAAGGACACCAUACAAAUGAAAUGCUCUAGAAAGACUGAAGUUGAAGAACAACACAGAAAGCAGAUAAUGAGAGGGGAGGUCAAUGCAGAAGCUAAAGAAACUGUCAGUGAAGCAAAACAGGAGGACGAGGCAAACCAGCCCUGGAUCAAGGACCACAAAGAGCAACCCAAGAAGGCAUUGAAAUGGUAUGAAAUUAUAUUAAUGGAAGGUCACGGAAUGGCUCAGGUGAAAAGUGAACCUCCACAUGAAGUGAAAGAAACUCCCCUGUCUGCAAGAUCAGUGGAAGAAGGUACAGACUCAGUGCAAGUACUAGAUAGGGAUUUGUUUGCAAAGGAGAGCAAGCAACAUGAGGCUGCUGAAACUGAGUCAGAGUCUACUGUGAAAGCAUCAGAUACUGUGAGUAGUGAGAAACAACUUCCAGAAGAUUUAAGUGAUGCAGCACAAAGUGAUCAUACAGUAGAGGAAUUGGUUGCUCUUUCAAGAACACCAGAGCUCAUAGAUGAUGUAACAGGAAAUGUGGAAGCAGAAAAAGCUAUUCCUCAAGAAUCUGAGUUUGUCCACAACCAACCGGAAUUAGAACCCAAAUUUGGACCAAUAAAUGUUGCGAAACUAGACUUUGCUGAAGCCCCAGUUCAGGAGAGAGAGAAAUACUUAGACACUGAAGAUGAACUUACCUCUUGUCAGAAAGAAAAUCUCCAAGAAAUAGGUUCUACUGCUAGUACAAUUGUGAUGGAAGAUGACUCUACCCUAAAGGAAUCUCAUGUCCUUCAUGAGUACCCAGAGGAAAGAGAGACAACCUUGAUAGUGCCCUUAGAAGCAGCAGAAACUAUACAGCCUAAUUCUGUUGACCUAUCGGGGGAACAUACUGAAUUGCAGGAGGAAAACCUUCAAGUAUUUGGAACUGUUGUACAAGAGGAGGCACAGUCAAUUGAGGAUCCUUUUCAGAAUGUUGAUAUUCAUGAAUAUUCUUCAAAGGAGUCACAGGCUACAGGUCAGAGUCUUGGAAAUAUUGAAGCUAGUGACAAGGAGUUGCAGGAUAGUGAGCCUGAGAUUAUAGAAGGUGACUAUACCCUUGAGCAGCUGUUUGCUUUAACAAGAACAUCCGAUGGUACAGAUGACAUCGAAGGAAAGAGGGAAGGAAUAGCUUUUCCUGAGGAUUCUGAAUUUGUCCAUCACCAGCCAGCAUUAGAACCCACAUCUGGACCCAAGAAUAUUGCCAAGUUAGAUUGUGCAGCUGUUCAGAAGCGAGGGACGUACACAGACAUUGAAGAUGAACUGACUUCCUGCCAGAGAGAAAAUCUUCAAGAAAUAGGAACCACAGAGACUGUAUUUCUCCAGGAAGAUGGAUCUGGCUUGAGUGAGUCCAUUGCCCUUCAUGAAUACCCUGAGGAAAGAACAACAACCUUGAUUGUGCCUUUAGAAGCAGUCAUCACCAAGAAGGCGGAUCCUGUUGACAUCUCUGGAGAACUCGCAGCACUGCAAGAGGAAAACCUACAAGCAUUUGGAUCUGCUGUGCUAGAAGAACCACAAACACUCGAGGAUCCACUUCAAGGUGUUGAUAUCCACGACUACAGCUCAAAAGAAUCAGAGAGUUUGAGUCAGCUUGGUGAAAAUAUGUCAAGGAAUGAAUCACAAGGAAGUCCCACUUAUGGUGAUAGAGGAACAGUCAAGCAGGAACAGGACAGAGCCACUCCCUCCCCUACCUUAACACCAGACACCUGUUCUCUGUACCAGGUACCUGAGGACACAAAAGAUGUUAAAGUAGGAACUCUAAUCGCUGUCUUAGCUCCUGAAGGAGAGGACUGGAAAACCAUAGAAAUCCCAGCUGGUGAGGAGUCGGCAGCUUCUUCAACUGCCGCCGAAGCUGCUCCUGCUGCAGCAGCUGCAGCCGUGGGUGGCCAUGCUCAUGGUAAUUACGGGCCCUCGGUGCGGCUGUUGCUGGAGCAGUAUGGACUGACCGCUGAACAGGUGCCUCCUGGGGGUCCGCAUGGAGUUCUUCUCAAAGGAGAUGUUUUGAAGUACAUCAAGGAAAAAGGUCUUCAGCCACUCCCGGUAUCUGCAGUACCACCACCUGAAGUACCAAAAGCUGUUGCUGCUGCUCCAGCGGCACCAGCUCCUACGCCAGCUGUUCCAGCUCCUCCACCAACUAUUGGAGUGUCUGAGGAUGGGUAUGAGGAUAUUGAAGUCACCAGCAUGAGGAGAACCAUUGCUAAACGAUUAACACAGUCCAAGAGUGGAAUUGCUCAUUCAUAUGGCACUCUGGAAUGUCAGUCAGACAAACUCCUGGCCUUGAGAAAACAAUACAAAAACGAGGGGAUGAACGUGAGUGUAAAUGACCUCAUCAUCAAGGCAGUCUCCAUGGCCCUUACUAAGUGUCCGGAGAUGAACUGUGUCUGGCAAGGGGACCAGCUUACAUAUGCCAGUCAAGUAGACAUGAGUAUUGCAGUGGCCACACCCACAGGCCUCAUUACUCCCAUCGUUCGUGGUGCAGAUGUGUUAGGUAUUGAGGAGAUUGCAAGCCAAGUACGUGAUCUAGCAACCAGAGCGAGAGAGAAUAAACUGAAGCUGGACGAAUUCCAAGGUGGAACUUUUACGAUCUCCAACUUGGGUAUGUUUGGAAUAAGCGAGUUCAGUGCGAUUAUCAACCCUCCACAAUGUGGCAUUUUGGCUGUGGGUUCUGGGAUUGUAAAAAUUGAUGAGAAUGGUUCACCCGUCACAUGCAUGAGAGCCACUCUGUCAUAUGACCGUGCUGGCGUGGACGAUGACACAGCCGCUGCCUUCCUUGAAGAGCUCAAAAAUAUUCUUGAAAACCCAGCUAUUAUGAUGCUUGGAGGCUACAAGUCACAAGUGGACCACCCAUUAGCAGCCUUACUAUAGUGAUACUACAGGACCAUCUUGAUCUAUUCAAAAUUUUAUCAUUUUCAUCAUGUAUAAUUUAUUUAUGUGAUUUAGUUUUUUAGACUAGCAAGGCUGGAUUAUGAGGGAAAUUUUUUUUGAUUUUAUGAAAUCUAUUUAUAGUAUAGCCAAAGAUAUUUGGUGUAUAUUGUGCAGUUUUACUGUUGUAGAACUAUAAAAAAGGAAAAUUGCUAUGUAUUUAAAUAUAUAAUUUAAAAUAUAAGCACCUUACUAGGAAAUGGUGACUUGGAACAGAAUAAAGUAUUGGGAUAUACAAAGUUAUGGUGCAAAUUUUCAAACAGAUUAUAUAUUAUUUGUAAAUAAAAUAGUGAUAUUUGCUCAGUUACGAAAAUUUGAUUUAAGUAACCAUAAUACUUUGUCGAUUAAUACAAGCUUAUAUGUUUUAAUGAAGAGAAUAGAUCCUGGUGUUAUCAGCAAUAACAGAAUUUCAGAUCAUAAUGGGAACUGGAACAACAUAAAGCAUUUAUACUGUCAAGUUGUUGGAUAUUAGUUGCCAUUUUAGGCAUCUCUAGGAGACUUUCUGUUGUGUAAAUAUUUAUUGUAAAGAAAUGUAAUAAAAGUAUGAAUGUA